AUGACGUUAAUGUCGGGCAAUGAGAGUCCAAAUGAGUUCAAAUUGGAUUCAGUGGCCACUGAUUGCAUACAAUCCGUCACUUUCGGUCACCACAACAGCCAAUACCUGUUGUCUUCUUCGUGGGACUGUUCCGUCCGUUUGCACGACAUCUCUAACAACACAUUGAGAGCCAAAUACACGCAUUCGGCGCCCGUUCUCGACGCCGCCUUUCAGGACUCGCAUCACGUCUGGAGCGGCGGUUUCGACCAACACGUGAAGACCUAUGACCUGAACUCAUGCACCGAAACCAUUCUGGGCUCACAUAACGGUCCGAUCCGUUGCGUCGAGUUUAGUCCGGAGGCGAAUGUGAUGGUCACCGGCGGGUGGGACGCGAACCUCAAGCUCUGGGACCCCAGGGCUCCGUCCGCUGUCGGCACUUACGGACAGCCCGACAAAGUGUAUACAAUGGCUGUCUGUGGCGACAAAGUGGUGGUCGGAACGGCUGGCCGUCGGGUUCUGGUGUGGGAUCUCCGGAAUAUGGCUUACGUCCAGCAGAGGAGGGAAUCGAGUCUUAAAUACCAGACGCGUUGUAUUCGGUGUUUCCCUAACAAACAGGGAUACGUCUUGAGCUCUAUUGAGGGCAGAGUUGCCGUCGAAUAUCUGGACCCGAGUCCUGAAGUGCAGCGCAAGAAGUAUGCCUUCAAAUGUCACCGAAACAAAGACAACGCCAGCGGUAUUGAAGUGAUAUAUCCGGUGAAUGCCAUCAGUUUUCACGUCGGAUACAACACUUUCGCCACCGGAGGCUCCGAUGGAUACGUGAAUAUAUGGGACGGCUUUAAUAAGAAGCGUUUGUGUCAAUUCCACAAAUACCCCUCCAGUAUAUCGUCCCUCUGCUUCUCACCCGACGGCCAAUACCUCGCCAUCGCUUCCUCUUUCCUGCACGAGACGGAGGAGACCCGAGACAUACCUCCGGACGCUAUAUUCAUCCGGCGAGUGACGGAUCAGGAAACCAAACCUAAAUAA